AUGAAGCUUCGUCCAUACCAGCCGCAUGCCACUUGGCGUAAGGGUACUGACAACGCUUUCGCCGACGCGCUGUCCCGCAAUCCAGUGGAUGAUCCCACCCCUGACGAUGAGCUCGUCCGUCAUCAUCUUACAGUCGACCAGGACCUGGUACUGAAAGGUCCUCGCAUUGUGGUCCCACGUUCCCUCAGGCGUAGUGUGCUUGACGACUUGCAUGCUGCUCAUCAAGGUCUCAACCGUACCAAGGCUCGUGCUCGCCAGGUGGUGUAUUGGCCCCAGCUGUCCAACGACAUUGACAAUAUCGUUCGCAGCUGCGCUGAAUGCCGUCACCACGCACCUUCCCAGGUGAAGGAACCUCUGCUGGCAACUGAGGAUCGUUGUCCUGCCCUCCCGUUUGAGAGCACCAGCGCGGAUCUGUUCGAAUGCCAAGGCUACCAGUUCCUGGUAUACGUGGACCGCAAGACCGGCUGGCCCUGUGUUGCCAAGAUAGGACGCACCGCCACCUCCGCUGAUGUAGUCCGUGCGUUCCGAGGCUGGUUCGCGGACCUCGGUGUUCCAGCUGUCCUGACGACUGAUGGUAGUCCGCAGUUCACAGCGCAGCGCUUCUCCGCCUUCUGUCAGCGUUGGCAAGUCCGCCACGUCAGAUCCAGUCCGCAUUACCCACAAUCGAAUGGCCAUGCGGAGGCGGCUGUCAAGGCCAUCAAAUCUCUCGUGUACAAGACCACCACCAACGGAGACAUUAAUGUCGAUGCCUUCCGUCGUGGCUUAUUGGAAUGGCGUAACACUCCCCGUAGCUCCGGUCAGAGCCCAGCGCAGGCCCUGUUUGGCCGCCCUCUGUCGUCAUUCGUGCUUGCCCACCGGACCAGUUUUGCCCCAGCGUGGCAAGAAACCGCUGACGAAAUCGACAGUCGUGCCUCUGCCCAGUCAGAAGCAGCCAGUCAGCACUACAACCAGUCUGCCCGUUCUCUGCCUGCCUUCCACCUUGGUUGCCCUGUUGAUCUACAAGAUCCCCGCAGCAAGUUGUGGAACGCCCGCGGUACCAUUGUCGCCAUUGGGAGCCACAGCGACUACAUGGUCAAGCUUCCCAGUGGCCGAAUAUACUGGCGAAACCGUCGCUUUCUUCGACCUGUUGUCUUGCCCGUAGCACCUGCACAGCCGAUGCCUGCUACCCCCAUCACUCAGCCUGCCCCGCCAGUCCGGCGCAGUCAGCGAAGCCGCCAAACCCCGUCUAGGCUGAAUAUUUCGAACACUCGUGGCCAAACUUAUGAUUAGCUGCCUGUGCGUCUUUCUGUCUCUUGUUGAGCUCAGCUAUUUUCGUAUUCAGUUAUCUCUAUCUUCUUUGCCGUCCUUUCUAGUUGGUAUUAGAUGCCUUGUUGUCAUCUCAGAAGGGGCGUGAGAUACAUGUAUGUAAAUGUAAUUGUUAUAUUUCUAUCUCAGAAGGGACGUGAUGUAUCAUGCUAGCUACUCAUGUAUUGCGCAUGUACUUCAAGUUGCUAUCACCCGUAUAACGCGUAUUGUUACGUUAUACGCCUUGCUUCACGUGAUUACGUCAUGUCUCUAUUGGACGCAUGCACGCAUCCAUAUUCUGGAUUCAUGUGUUCUUCUCCUUGCUCUUCUUCCUCACUUGAGAAUGUAAAUAAUUAGUUUCUAUUAUCUUGUCACCAAACUAGUUCCUGUUGUC